CUUACAGUUAAGCAUAUCUUUAAGUUCAAUCCAGGAACAAUCGCAAAUGUGGUACUGAAGAUGAAUGCGAAGAUUGGUGGCGUCAACACGAUACUCCACAGAGAGCACAAUCGUGAGCUGCCAUGCAUCUCUACUCGCCCGACGAUGAUGAUUGGCAUCAAUCUCUCCCAUCCAAGUGCAGGAGAUUCAACGUCACCGUCAAUUGCUGCUGUUGUGGCAACUGUGAACUGGCCGAUGUUUUCAGCAGUCCACACCUUGAUCAGGGCAGUCACUGCAAGGUCAAUGGUUAUCGACAACCUUUUUGAGCAAACCAGGGAUCCGGAAGGCAAUACUGUCCCCAGUGGCAUUUUUUACGAGUUGCUUGGGAGAUUCAAGAUGAAAGUUCAGCAAAGACCUGAGACGAUAAUAUGUUUCAGGGAGGGAGUUAGCGAUAUGGAGUUCGAGAAUGUGCUUCAGCAUGAACACACAGCUUUGGAACAGGCAUGCAAAGCACAUGGAUGGGGAAAUGGCCGGGGCAGGGGUGCAGAGCACACGGAGAAGCGGACUAGAACUAAUGAAGGCAUGCCAAAGAUCACAUACAUUGUGGUCCAGAAGAAUCACCACACCCGCUUCUUCGUUGAAGGUGGUCGUGUCAAUAAUGCUCCACCAGGCUUGGUGGUUGAUUCAACUGUUUGCCAUCCAAAAUUGUUUGACUUCUACCUUACUCCUCAUCAAGGAAUAAAGGGAACGAGCAAGGCAGGGCACUAUUGUGUCUUGUGGGACGAGAACGGCUUCUCUCCCGAUGAUAUUCAACAGAUUGUGCACGACUUCUGCUACACAUACGCGAGGAGUCAAGAUAUAGCUGUGCGCUCGAUGCGAUUGGGUUUACGGGACUUUGCGCGGGAACUGGUAGGUGCCGUUGGAGUCGAGGUGGGACAUCGCCUUGAUAAGACUGAACGAUUCUGCGCUGGCGCCAUUGAGGGCGUCAAAGCGACAGCUCCUAGGGAAGAGGAGCCGCGCCCACCACGUAGAGAACCAAUCAAAGUUAAGUUCCCGGAUUCCUAUGCUGGGAAGAGGGAAGAGAACUUUGAUAACUGGGAAGCCAACGUGAAGACCUACGUGCAUUUGCAACAGGUCUCCUCGGAUCAGCAAGUCUUGAUUGCGAUCCACGCGCUUAAAGAUGAGGCCGCCACUUUUGCAAGGUCCUUGGUUCGUGCCGCUAACUGUAGCGACGAUCCCAUUGCCUACUCCUCGUUUACCUCCCUCACCGAAUUUCUAAGAUUACUGCGCGAGCGAUUUGCUGACGUCGCUCGCAGUUUAAAAGCUUCAGAUAAACUGCAAACCAUCCAUACUCGCAAAUGGAAAAGCGUCAGGGCGCUCAAGGGUACAAUGGACGAGUUAGUGGCCGUCCCUGAUCACAAAGUCACAGAGACUCAAUUAGUUAACCUCUUUUAUCGAGCUAUGCCCGAAGCUUUGCGAGGGCACUUCUUCGCGAAGAGCGAAGACCCUACCACGACAUAUGAUUCUCUGAGUCGUGAAGUAGUGGCUYUUGAAGCCAAGUCUGCGUCUGUGUCUACCUUCUGGCACAGAGAUCUGGAUAGAGGGAAGCCAUGGAAGGGCCGCACUAUCUCGGGGCAAGUAAAGACUAAGGAUAGCCUCGUCCUAACUUUAGACGAAGGUAGUGUGGACGAAAUCCCCUACGACCAGAUUGAGUGGGGGUUAGAGGAGGACAACGGUAUGGGCCAGGGGAGAUCUUAUGCUGCUGUCGCGGUUGGAGGGAGGCCGCAAGGAAGAGGCCAGGGCCAAGGGGGCCGGGCCUCAGGGAGCCGGUUCCAGGGCGAUCAGGGGGUUGGCGGCAGAGGRGGAAACCGYCAAGUGGGAGGCAGGGGUCAAGGUCCCCCGCAAAACCGCCCUAGGAACAGGUCUCCCUAUAGAAUAGGAGGAUGGCAUCCAGGGCUACCGCAAGCUCAACUGGGAGCGACGAUGGCAGAUCGACGAGGAGGAGCAGCGGCGACGGCGGGCUUGGAGACGGCAGCUACGACGGGUGGGCUUCGUGAUGACAGCUUCACAGUGGAGGAUACCACGUUUGAAUUCGAACGCGGCGUGGUAGGCCAGCAUGGGGGGAAACGGGUUCCGCUUUGCUUCUACGCGCAUCUGGCGGCGCAUCGGGCUCGGCUGUAUGUCGACGACGAUGGCUCGGAUGCAGGGUCGGUCUCUGGAUUUGCGAAUGAUGAAGAGAGGAGUCGUCAACAAGAGAACAAGAAACAAGAGAUGAACCGAGCUCUGGAGAGAGUGAACAGGAACAUGAGUGAGAGGCCGUUCUACCUAUGAGCAACGUGAGGGAAGCUGGUGUGUAAGCCGUGUUGUCUGUACAUAGCCUCCUGAUGAGUUGGUCGGUGAAACUCGGACGA